AUGUUUUUACCCACCGUCGCCGCGUCUCCCAAGCUGCUGCUGCGGCGGUGCCUCGGCGUCCUGCAGCGCGUGCUCUGCCUUUUCCUCCAGGUUUACCGCUGGACCAGAGGCGGCAGCGAGGCGCGCGUGGAAGGAAGCCCUGAAGAACGGCUGCGUCAAGGCGCAACGACUCCAACCAGCGUCAACUACCAUUUUACGCGAAAGUGUAAUUAUAAAUGUGGGUUUUGUUUCCACACUGCGAAAACAUCCUUCGUCCUGCCUCUGGAGGAGGCAAAGCGAGGGCUCAAACUUCUGAAGGACUCGGGCAUGGAGAAGAUCAACUUCUCCGGAGGGGAACCUUUCCUGCACGAAAAGGGCGACUUCCUGGGGAAAAUGGUCCAGUACUGCAAACGGGACCUGCAGCUGCCCAGCGUCAGCAUCGUGAGCAACGGGAGCAUGAUCAAGGAAAGCUGGUUCCACAAAUACGGCGACUACCUGGACAUCCUGGCCGUCUCCUGCGACAGCUUCGACGAGGCGACCAAUCAGCUGAUCGGCAGAGCUCAGGGCCGGAAGAGCCACAUAGAAAACCUGUACAAGAUCCGCGGCUGGUGCCAGCAGUAUAAGGUGGCGUUCAAGCUCAACUCGGUCGUCAACACCUUCAACGUCGACGAGGACAUGACGGCGCACGUCACCGAGCUGAACCCGGUGCGCUGGAAGGUGUUCCAGUGCCUGCUGAUCGACGGGGAGAACGCGGGGGAGGCGGCGCUGCGGGAGGCCGAGAGGUUCGUCAUCAGCGAGGAGCGCUUUCAGGGCUUUUUGGACCGACACAGGAACGUCUCCUGCCUCGUUCCCGAGUCCAAUGAGAAGAUGAGGAACUCCUAUCUAAUCCUGGAUGAAUACAUGCGUUUCCUGGACUGUCGGCGUGGAAGGAAGGACCCGUCCAAGUCCAUCCUUGAUGUGGGUGUGAAGCAGGCGAUUUGCUUCAGUGGCUUUGAUGAGAAGAUGUUCCUGAUGAGAGGAGGGAAAUACGUGUGGAGCAAAGCUGACAUGAAGCUGGAGUGGUGACGUCACCAAACCGAAGGAUUUUAUUUAGCUCUGUGAAGUAUUCGCACAGUGUUGGGUUUUGUGUAAAGUAUUGACUCUGACGUGUUUUUUUUUUGCACUUUUCUUUUCAUUUAUUAUAUUCCUAUUUUACCCUGCAUUGUAAAAUUAAUAUUCUAAUAAAGAUAUUAAUUAUUUAUGAAACUAA